CAACAUGCGGAGAACACACAAGUGAUCAAUACGGUGAAAAUGAAGGCAACAUGAAAACCAUCUGCAGAGUGUCGUGUUGCGGAGGAAAGAAUACUAAUACCUCCUACUUGGUCACUGCGUUUCUAAUCAAUGACAAUAUCACUGUACAUUUUGGAUCGAAGUUUCUAGCAUUGGAUGAUUAACAAAUACUUGCGCGGAUCGUGCCAGUCAGAAAAAACGAAAAAAUGUCAAUGUCUCCCUCAAACUGGCUAGCGUGGAUCCCGGUGUGGCUGCCAUUUGACUCCAACCCUUUUGAUUGUGUAUUGCAAGGUCUGGUUGGUGCAUGUGGAAUCUCAGUGUUCUAUAAUCUCAUGAGAGUUCACCUACUCCUUCAGUCAAUCAGUGGUUCUGAAUGUAAUGGGGACAGUAAAGACAAGGAAAGGUCAGAGUCUUCGCCUGCAGCAGGGAACAAGCCAUUGGGGGGACAUGGGUUGGGUAGUGUGCUGCAGUUUUGGUUCCUGACUGGCCUCCUGUCUCUGGUCGGCCCCCGGGUCUCCUCCCUAGUGGUCCUGGAGUUCUCCCUCAGGGCUGUCGCUGCCUGGAUCACCGCAGGACCGGAUGUUCUCCCAGGCAGCACCAAGCUCAUGCUGGUCCAGUGCCAGUUUUCUCUGGGCUGUGCUCUGAGCUGCAGUCUCCACUUCCUCCAGGAGGGGGCUCCCCAUCGCUCCCUCAGCCUCCUGCUGGCGGCUGGCCUCAGCUGGCUGCUGGCGGGUCACUGCCACCUUCUCUGGGGCCACGUCUCCAGGCUCUACCACCUACACAGCUCCCAGCGCUACUGUGGGGUCUGCAUCACCCUCCUGAACUCCGGCCACUCCCUGCUCCCCUCGCUGCAGAGAGCUGUGCUCCUGGCCUUUGCCGUGGCCGGCGUGGCCGGCCUCGCCACCGUGCACCACCACUUCCUGUCCGAGGCGGAGUCUCUGAGGUUCUGGACACCACUGACCAUCUGCUACACCCUGUUGGUGGUUUACGUCCAAGAGGAGCAGAAUCGACGCCCUGGUAGUGAGGCCUUGCUGCAGACUGUGGCUUUGCGUCUGGGAGCCCUGCUGGUGCUCAUGCUGAUGGUGGGCCGCUGGACCGACAUGCUCCACAUCCUCAUCACCUUCCUGGGGGAAUUUGUCUGUCUGUUGCCUUCUCAGGACCUCCUCCGAGCCCUGCCCCAGGUGGAAGCAGAAGAAGACAUUCCCAGCAGAUCUGCCCGGCACUCCAGCAGCACAUAGCAGCAGCACAUGUCCCCAAUGAGAAGCCUGUGCUCCAUGUCAUCAGACAGAGACACACAGAGAGUCUAUCAGGCUGCAGAAUACCACAACACAGACCAGUCCCUGUUUCACUCUACCUCAGAUAGAGAAAAAUAACUCGUACUUCAAAUACAGCCAUCUACUGGCCUGUCUCACUCAGUGAUAUGUUGAAAUUCAAUACUGUCCCCAUUUACGCAGACAUAUUAAGCUUUGAUACUGUUUUGUCCCAUAGAUGUACACCAUUUUUGUCAUAAAUCAUAGCAAUGUUAAAAUAUGAAUUGUUGUUUAUGACCUUGUUAUGACACUGUGUGGUUUGGACCAGUGAAGGGAGACCUAAACCUGCUUACACAAGGGUA